AUGCAGCAACUUUACCAACAAAAGAUGGUUCCAUUAACAAUCACCUCAGUUAUAAAUGGAGCACAUCCAAUUACAGAUCUUUGCCUGGGAAUAAUCCUGCAAAUUCAUUGUCACAUUGGAUUUGAUACAAUUAUUACAGAUUAUUUGCCGGCUUAUAUAUCACCAAAACUUAACAAAUUUUUUACUUGGGGAUUAAGAGGCGCUACAUUGUUGGUGCUUAUAGGUUGUUACCGGAUUAAUACAGUUUGGUGUGGGAAUGACUGA